AUGGCUACUUUUGGCACUUAUCAUGCUGCACUGCGGAAUUUGGAAGUUCAUCAAAUGGAUGUUAAAACAACUUUCUUGAAUGGCGAGUUAGAUGAGGAAAUCUAUAUGGAACAACCCAAAGGGUUUGUGGUUCUGGGCCAAGAAAACAAAUACGCGAGAUAUCCUACUGUACUUGAAGGGUAUAGCGACGCUAGUUGGAUAUUGGACAUUAAGGAUUCUAAAUCCAUGAGUGGCUACGUGUUUACACUAGCCGGUGCAACCAUUGUGUGGAAAUCUUCCAAGCAAAUAGUAAUAGCCAAGUCUACGAUGGAAUCUGAAAUGAUUGCCUUGGACAAGUGCUGUGAAGAGGCUGAAUGA